CGAAAAUGGCAAAUUUUGAGUUUUUUGACAUUUUUGUCCACUUUUCAUCUCAGGUGUAUUAGCUGUCAAGAUGAAAUGGAUUCAAAAACAAAAACCAAUGUGGGUGAAUGAGAACAGCAGCUAAAGCUCUAGACCUGUACACUUGGUGGUUAUAGCUAAUUUGGCAACACAUGUGAAUGACAGUACCAUGACAGACCCAGUUGAAGAAGCAUGUCUUCAACCAAUGGUAUUAGAGCCGAUAAUUUACGAGGCUGGAACAUGUGAAAAUCAAGAAUUAGAAGUCCCUGUCUUUGAUCAUGUGACUGAAGUGACAGAAAACCCCAUGAUAGGAUUCGAAGGUGGCAUUGCUCCAUUGAAAUGUACUAAUUGUGGGUCGAAACGAAAAGAGCCUAAAUGGAAAAAAGUAGAAGAUCCAAACCGACGUCAGUCAAAGCGUCUUGUCAUCAAAAACUUUAAAUUACCUUUUGAGGAACUCCCAUUAGAUUGCAAACUUCAUAUAUUUUCAUAUUUAGAUAUAUUUGAGAAGGGGGCAGUUUGUAUGGUGAGUACACAAUGGAGAUCACUAGCCUAUCACAGCAGUUCUUGGUCUUACAUUAACUUGAGACUUUUCAGUUUGUGUAGCCAUCAGAAGCAACAUAUUAAAUGCCCAAGAACCUGCCAACCUACGGAUGCCUACAAUAGAUACAUGAGACGUUUAAGUGCCUUUUAUAAGACACUCAGCCAGAUAAAGCCAAAUGUACGAACAUUUAUAAUGACCGCUGAUAUUGAUGAAACAAAAAAUGAACCAAGUCCAUGGCUGAGAUUGAUCAUCAAACUACUUGAAUCAUUCAACCGUAUUCGGCUCACUUACAUUGAUAUUGACUGGACAGUAUCACCAUAUAGACCUAGUACUCUUGACCGUUACUGCUGUCUCAUCACUAAGGUACGUUCCUCUGUGCGGCAUCAUGAGGACAGAUUGAAGCAGUUCCUGUCACUAUUGAAGUAUCUCACCAAACGACUCCCAGGAUUGCUGUACCUAACAAUGCCAUUUCAUUGGUCGAAUAUCUCAUUAGGUCUCUUGUGUAAAUUUCGACAUCUUCAGAAAUUAAAUCUGAAGCAUUAUUUCUCAUUCAAACCCCUGCCUCCGCAGUUUUUGACAGUCUUGUUGUUAUGCCUACCACGUCUCACAGAUCUCACUUUGGCUGUUGUCAAUGCAACUUUCCAGACUCGACAUGUAUACAGGGUGCGUCAUCCUAAUCUACAAUCUUUGGAUAUCACUCAUUGUACAGGGUUUUUCAUUCGUGACAUGGAUCUGCCUGCAUUGAAGAACUUUUCAGUGAAGCGUAACCCAUGGCAGGGGUAUUUAGUAAACCCUAACUUUCUACCUUGCCUUUAUGAUGUCCUAAAGAGAGGUGCCCCAGAGUUACAUGUGCUAAAUAAGUGCAGACUCUACCCAUACUGGAAGGAAUUUCUGUAUCUUGACUUAGACGCUGCGCUCAAGCAUGCCUGUCCUUGUGUCAAACAUGCAACAUAAGAAUAGAACACAUUUGGUUAAAUUAUUCUAGUGAAGCUUAAAUGUAAAAUAUAGUGAAAUGAAAUAAGUCGACAAACAUGAAAUGACGAGACACACCUAUAUAACUUGAUAAAAAUGAUAGAAUUUCAGUUUGGAACUUGUCAUGUUGCUUUCUAUCUGAGCAAUUAAACUACAGUAAA